AUGCACCCAAUCUCUCCCAAACCAACCCAUCUCAUCCUCCUUACCUGCCACGCUAUCUAUGUUUCCGGCCCCCUCGAGCUCGAAUCCUCAUGGCUUCUCGCUCCCUUCCAAAAAGCCGGUCGAGAAUGGAUCACCUUUAUUAAACACAUUACGCGUGCAGCAGAAUUAUGGAGGGGAGAUGAGAAUAGUUUGUUAGUGAUAAGUGGGGGGUUUACGAGAGGAGAGGUGUGCAGGAGUGAAGCGGGAGGGUAUUUUGAUGUGGGGGUUGAGAGGGGGCUGUGGGUAGUGGGGGAUUUGAGGACGGAGAAGGGAGGGGGAAGAAUUGUGCUGGAGGAGGAAGCGUUGGAUAGUUGGGAGAAUUUGGUGAGGGGGUUACUGGCUUUUUGGAGGGAGACGGGGGGGUGGGCUGAAAAAAUCAUGAUUGUGAGUCAUGGGUUUAAGAGGGAGAGGUUUGGGAAGUUGCAUUGUGGGGUUUUAGGGUUGGGGAUGGGGACGAGUUUUGGUCCUAGUAGGGAGAGGAAUGAUCGAGAGGAUGGGAAUGGGAAAGGAAAAGGAGUGGAAGUUGUAUUCGAAGGAAUCAAUCCCGAAUUUAUGGAUAAGGAGAGUGAGGAGUUUGAUGCGGAGAAAUGCGAGGAUACGAUGAAAGGGGAGAGGGAAAGGGGUUAUGGGGAGUGGGAAAAAGAUCUAUGGGGGACGGGGAUGGUGUUAAGGGGGAAGAGGGGAGGAAGGGAUAAAUGGGGUGUGAAAGGGGAGGAGAGAAGAUUGUUUGAGAGUGAGGAGGAGAGGGAGAGGAGUGGGUUGAAAACGAGGUGGUUGGAAGAGAGGGAGGGAGUGAGGAGAGAGGAGGUGAUUGUGGAGGAGGGGAGUUGGCCUUGGAAUUGUUAG